AUGGCAAAAAUCGGGAAAGAAUCCCUGGAGAGUGUUUACAGCAGCAACUCCCGUUUGAAUCUCCUCAACAAACGCAAGCGGCUCAAUCCUUUGACAGACGGUAUGUCGAACCACUCGCUGAAUGGUGAUAGAUACGUAACGCAGCGGGAAUUGAGCAACGAGAACAGAGUUUUGCGAGCAAUACAGAAAAAGCAAGAGAUUGCGUUGCACAGGUAUGAAAACUCAAACGCUGAGCUACCUCAAGUGCUGAAUUCUCAUAAUGAAGAGAUCAGGAUCCAACAGAGCAAGUACAAACAGUUGAAGCAGCAGUUCAAGGAGGUGACACAGAAGCUGAAGGAGAGAGAUCUGCAGCUGCAACAAUUGAAGGAUGAACACCAACACUUAUUAGAUUUGAGCAAAGACAGAAACUUACUUGAGCGUGAGAAACUGCAGCACCAGGUUAUCGAGCUGACAGCGAAAGUGCAGCAACAGAAUGAGACAAUAAGCAUGCUUCAGAGGCGAAUAGCCCUCGAAGCGAAGAACUUCCGCCAUCAACUACAGAAUGAAAUUAACAAGCACAAAGAUACCCGGCACGAUCUGGAUAUUGCUAUAAACAAUGCGGAUAAACUAUCCACUAUUAUAGAGAUGAAAGAGAAAAUGUUAAGCACGGCAGCCAGUCGGACGGUCAAGUCUCCUGUCAAACCAUCUAUCAAUAACAGUGCUAGACCAGUGAGCCGAACCAAAUCAGGACUAGACAACAAUGUUAGAAUAGAGGAACGAUCCAAUGUUAGUAAAUUUGCUCAUGAAUUGGAUCAAAACAUACUGGCAAGACUUUGUGAGAACUCGCGUAAUAUCAGCAGCUCUUUGUCACAUGAAGAAGAUACGUCGUCAUCCACAGAACCGCGAUCUCGUUAUGCAACAAGAAGUCGCACAAAUUCUACCAGUAAAUCAACGCCAAAUCACACUAGAAAAAAUUCUAAAGGUUCUGAUGACAUGCUCGAAUUGGCCAAAACUGUUCAAGAUGGUAUGGCCGACCUGGCUAUCUUUGAUGAUGAAAUUGAUUUUAAAAAUACACCUCCAGAAGAAGUUCAGAAAAAGAUUGACGUUCUAAAGGCAGACCUUUUGAACAAAAUAAAAGGCAACGACGCACCGUCUAGAAAAACUAGCGCUUUGAGAAGAAAGUCAACCGAAGAGUCUAUUGAAGAAGAGAUCGCAGAAUCUGAUGAACUGGAGCGCCCUAAAUCUAGAGGUAGACGACAUUCGAAUGUUUCUUUUUAUGAAGAAGUUACUGUGGAAGAAAAUUCUACUACAAUCACAUAUAAUGACGAUGAGAGAGUAAAACGAGAAAAUAGUAUUUCAGAGAAAAGAAUAGCAGGGAAACCAGUUGAAAGAUAUUGUAAAGAUAUAAUGCAGGACAUCGAGAAGAGUAACAAAUUGAUAGAGCAACACGUGAAACAAUUUAAUAGCUCAAGAUUCGAUAGCGAUAAACUAGUACAGCAGCUGCAAGCUGUCGAUAAAAUUAAUGACUUUGUUAAUUUAAAGGGCGAGAUACCAGAAGAAGCAUUGACAGAGUUAAAUAAUAAUUUCAAGAUGUUGACAGACCAAGUAAUUGAAGACUCUAUUCCGAUAAAUAGGAAAAGAUCUGUAUCGAGUAGGAAAAGUUCUCGAUCGGAAUCUAAGACGACACUUCUGGAUGAUGCUGCUAUGAGUAACCAAGAUUUGCUAAAUGAUUUGUUGGGAAAGAAAUGA